GUAAAUUGCAAUUAAGCCUGUCGGCAGGGUCGUAAACAGAAAAUCGUCUCCUUCCACGCUCCGCACUACCGGGGUUCCAUCUUUUUCAGACGAUUCAAAAUUUCAAACCUUGUGUACAAUCGAUAUCGAUCGAUCGAUCACAAUCUUCGUACGCCUGGAAAAGUUUUUGCUGGAUCGAUUCGUUAGCUUCUUCUGAUUUUUGGUUGUCCGAACUUAAAGAAGGUAUACGAUGAUCCGAGUUUUGUUCACGCUGCUCAUGGCGGAGGUGGGGGUUGUGGUUGUCCUCCUCUUCAAGACGCCGCUGCGAAAGCUUGCCGUCAUGGGGCUAGACCGCUUGAAGCGCGGGCGCGGGCCGGUGAUGCUGAAGACGGUGGCGGGGACUAUGCUUCUCAUGCUCUCCUCCAGUGUCUACAGCAUGGCCAGAAUCAAGAAUCGAUCUACCGAUAUUGGAGGACUUACUCCUACCGAACAGGUCCUCAUGAGCUUCCACAUCCUCGAGGCGUCGCUUAUGGGCUAUUCGCUACUUCUUGCUCUUAUCAUCGAUCGAUUGCACCAUUACAUUAGAGAGCUGCGUGGGUUGAGAAAGAGCUUGGAAGCUGUAAUGAAGCAAAACAGGGCAUUAGAAGAAUCAAAAAGUGGCGGCUCUGAUGAAAUGAAAGCGCGAGAUAUAGAGAUUUCCAAACUGAACCAACAGAUUAAUCAACUUAAAGCCGAAAACGCAGUGCAGCUGACUGUAACGAAGCAAAACAGGGCAUUAGAAGAAUCAAAAAGUGGCGGCUCUGAUGAAAUCAAAGCGCGAGAUGAAGAGAUUGCCAAACUGAACCAACAGAUAAAUCAACUUAAAGCCAAAAACGAGGAGAAGCUGAAGGAACUAAAAGCCGCCGAUGCAAACAUGACAGCUUUAAGGAAGCAGUCGGAGGGGUUUCUCAUCGAAUAUGACCGCCUAUUGGAAGACAACCAGAAUCUUCGCAACCAGUUGCACUCCAUUGAUCUCACCUUAUCACACUCCGAUUCAAAGAAGCAUCCUUGAAAUUCCUUACUUUUGUAUUUCUGUGUCUUCACCUAAAAAUUUUAUACAGUUUAGAACCUCAUAGUCGUCCCUUUUACACGCUUUGUGUAUUUUUAGAGUUGGUGAAAUGAUAGAUAAAUCAUGAGUGUUUAUUUACCUUACCUGAGACUACUAUUGUUUGGUUUUGGUUACAUUGGCAUGUUCAGUUGGCAUUGCUAGAGCUGAAAUGGUUGUGAUUUUGUCCGUUGGUUAUUUCCUUGGCAUGUUAUGAAGUUUCAUGCAGCCGAGCCCACUUAGUGAGAUAAAGGUGAGAUAA